UUUCUUUUAUCAUUUAUCAUUGAGCUUAUACACACACUGCCCUAAUCUUCAUUUCUCUCUUCAUUCCCAAACCGAUCGAAACACACUUCAAUUCAAUUCAAGGUGAACGACUGAAUCGGAAAUGGCGAGUGCUGUGAGUGCUGUGGAUGGUGCUGGAAACCCGAUCCCAACAUCGUCGGUGUUGAUGGCAUCGUCGAAGCACAUUGGGUUAAGGUGUCAUUCGGAGAAUUUGGAGUUUCUGAAAUGUAAGAAGAAAGAUCAAAAUCCUGAAAAGUGUCUCGAUAAAGGCCGUGAUGUUACUCGAUGUGUUCUUGGACUUCUCAAGGAUCUACACCAAAAGUGCACAAAAGAGAUGGAUGAUUACGUUGGUUGCAUGUACUACCAUACAAAUGAAUUCGACUUAUGCCGCAAAGAGCAGGAAGCAUUUGAAAAGAAAUGUUCUUUGGAAUGAAAAAUGAGGCACACUGCUAUUGUUGAAAAUAAUAUCACAGGCAAUUUGGAGCGAGCAAAUGCGCCUGUUCACAAAUUCAUUUGAUCUUUGUCUGUUUGUAUUAAUCUUUUCCAUUGAAACUAUGUUGGUCAUCUAACUACUUCUGGAGGAACACAUUAAGCAAGGACAAACGAAUCCUCUUCAAACAUAAUAACUAAGAAGAAAUUUUGAAGUUGGAACAUGCUUGUAA